AGUUUCAAUACCAAUUAGGAGACAAUGGAGCUUGUAUUAACAGCUGUCCAUGUGUUGCUAUUAUCACGUUAUGCCUUGGUGCUCUUAGAAUACUCGCUAUGCGGUCUACGUCUACUAUUAGAUGAAAACAUUUCAGAAUCAAUUCACGGCGGAGAUGGGGAUACUAUGGCUACGCCAGUCCUUCGACCGUUCGUGCGAGUCGGGCAAGCCGAGCUCAAUGAAGUGUUUGAGGCUGCGAAAGAUGCAUAUCAGCGUCAGCGACAUUUUUUCUCUCGAAAUACGAGAUCUUUGGAGUUUCGUAAGGUCUUAGGAUUCGGAAGCUCAGGGGUUGUGACUCUAUGGACCGAAAUAAAUCAAUAUCGACAGCGGGUACGAGAUUUGGCGAUUAAGGCACCUGUAGAUGAAGGCGAUCCAUAUUUCCGUCAAGAAAUAAAUUGGAUGUCGGAAACAUUUGCGACCUGUGAACAUUUUGCCCAACUUAUUUGGUUGCCAGAUUGGGUUAUGGAUGAAAGUCUUUAUAAUGAUUACUUCGGUGACAACGGGUCACCAGCUUUAAUGAUAAUGGACUAUUUCGAGAGAUGUGAAUUAUACGAACUAUUAACCCGCGUAAAUGAGUCGGUUUCGAAUAACAGGAAUCUUCCUAAUCAUAGAAAGAAACUAGAGUUUAUACCCAGUCGGUUCUUAUGGAGGCUAUUCCUAUGUCUUACGAGAGCAUGUAUUGGAAUGGCUUAUCCUCCGAUGUUAGACAACAAUAGCCCAGCAGUAUAUCGUGAAGUUAUUAGACCCGACGAAAAUCCGGCACUGAUAAUUCAUUUUGACUUACACCCUCUCAAUGUAUUCAUGGACGACUUCUUUCUCACACGUGACGACGUGCGAGAGCAUGGGCUGACCCCAAGAUGGAAGCUAGGCGACUUUGGGCUGAUGCAAGAAUGGGAUAAUGGAUGGCAAGAUGCAGAGAAGUUUGCUGUAGCCAAUGUUGGAAAACCCGGAUAUCAGGCCCCAGUACGUUACAUAUUUAUUUCUAAGAGAAGUGAAUAUCAACCUAGGUAUUGUGAACGCUAAACACAUAUUUAGGAGCAACGGGAUAGGCGAAGACCUUUAGAAGAAGGCGCCUUUGGACCGCACACUAAUAUAUGGGGUAUCGGUCUAUUAAUGUUCAACGCAUUGACUCUGUUCCACACCGACGAUGAGGACUGGCAGCCACGAAUAUGUCACGUAAUAAUGCCGGACGGCAUAAGUAAAGACCUCAACACAUGGGCUCCGUUCUUAGUCGGCGAUGAGGUGUACGAGGAAUUCACAUACUAUAGCGUCGACCUGCGCACGUUGAUAGCCCGGUGUAUGGCCGACGAUCGUGAAGACCGGCCAACGCUAAACGAGCUUCUUACUACUAUCCAGACGAGUAUUGCGCGGGACGAUGCGAUAGCAUUUGAGACCGAAAGGGUAUUUCAAACAGAAAGAGCAGCAGAUCCCACUAGGCAGAGACUGCCCGUAAAUGUUACGAGACCUCCUGAGGUGGAAGAUGAUGCAUUGCUGAGCAGGUUCUUCCAGGAGUAUAUCCGAGACCCGCCCUCGAGAGAGGAUCCAUAUGGCGAGUUUUGGGACCAGUAAUCAUAAACAUGUAUAUCAUAGCGGAGAGUUUUUGGCGGAGAGUUUCUGACGGAUAGUUUGCAAGCGAUCUAAUCUAAUCUAAUCUCUAAUCAAAGGAUAGUUAAUCGAUAAGAAUUCCCGCAAGGCA